GCUGAUCUAAAAUCUAUUUUUGGCCAUAAGGUAUUCACGGAACUUUGUUGUACAUUUGAAAAUAUGUCCCAGUCAUGUCCCAAAGGAGUUCUGUCCCCAAGUCACGUCGCAGCUUCAGUUCCUGUUUUAUUUUGAGAGCGAAAAAUAAAACCGGGGGCCAUGACAAAUAUUUCUGUUCCAGCCGACUUUACACCGACAGGAAUAGCACAUAGCAAUGUAAGUGGUGGAAACACCUUUUAGUUGGUGUUAAGCUGUUUGAGAUGCUGACCAACAUUACUUUGUUAACUCUGGUAAAUAAUUAACCAGAUUAAUGAUAAAGCUACGCUAGCUUCGUGUAUUAUUUUGGAACUAAAACCAUUAACAUUAUUUUAAUUGCACUUUAACGUUCCUGUUAACUAAAGCCGACGUCGUCAGUCUCUUGAGAAAAGUUCAGCUAGAAAAACAGUUAGAAUCCUACAUCAGACAAGAAUGGGACAUUCCUCAGCAACCGGUCUCCAUCAUAUUAAAAGAGCUGUUCCAGUCAUCUCUGUGAUUUGACACUCCAUCACAUCUACUGAUCCACUGAUCUGGCAGCAUGACUAACACAGAUUCUAUCGGUGUGCGGGUCUUCUCUCUGAACUGCUGGGGGAUCCGCUACCUUAGCAAACACUGUCCUCAGCGCUAUACCAUGAUUGGAGAUUUGCUGUGCAAGGAAGAGCAUGACAUUGUCUUACUGCAGGAGGUGUGGAGUGAGAAAGAUUAUUUGUCCUUGAAGAAGAAACUUGCCUCUUGUCAUCCUCAUUCACACUACUUUAAAAGUGGAGUCAUUGGCAGCGGUCUGGCAAUUUUCUCCAAAUACAGAAUCCAAGACACAUUUGUUUAUCGUUACUCACUGAACGGUUAUCCGUACAUGACACAUAUUCAACCCAAUGAAAACAACUCUGAAGCCUUUUUCUAUGUUAGGACUGAUCAUUUGAGCACCACUGGACAUAACAGCUACAACAUGAGUUUGAGUCACCAACUGGCCUCACUAAUAGCUCACCAUGGAGACUGGUUUGGAGGUAAAGCUGUAGGGAUGGCUGUUUUAAACAUUGGGAGCUUGACUGCGAACGUCUAUGUUACUCAUCUGCACGCAGAGUACUGCAGAGACAAGGAUUCCUACCUACCUCACAGAGUUGUUCAGGCUUGGGAGCUGCAGCAGUUCGUUCGCUAUACCUCAUCUGGAGCAGAUGUUGUGAUCUUAGGUGGUGACCUCAACAUGCACCCUCAGGACCUGGGCAACAGACUACUGAGGACUUAUACUGGACUCAAAGACUCUUAUUUAGAGACUGCUAAGUUUGAUGGAUGUGAGAAUGGUUUGACUCUUAUCGCCGACAAUCCUUUUAUCAGUAAAAAGGAGCUUGGUCCUUUUGAAAAGGGAAUUCGAAUUGACUACGUCCUGUUUAAGGGUUCUUCAAAAACAGACAUCACUUGUGAUUACAUGUGCACCACCAAAGGCUCCGUCCCUGACCACCCAUUCCCGUACUCCGACCACGAGGCUCUAACGGCUGAACUCAGGCUGAAGACACACACUCCAACUGACGAUGGCAGUGACAGCCAGUCAAAGAGUCAGGACUCUGCAGCAGAGAGAGUUGCUGAAUUGGUGGACAUCGUGACAGAAGCUCGUACCGAAGUCAAGGUGGGUUUGCAUUGCGCUGAGAGGAUGAGAUACACAGCAGCUCGCACAGGAGUGAUGGGCCUGGCUCUGUUGAUUCUUGAGCUCGCCAUCGCUGCUGUGCCCUGGCUCGCUCUGGGAGCUGAACAACCUUUCCCUCGUACCUCUUUUUACCUGCUGGCUGCACUCUGUUUCGCUAUCCUUCUGAGCACCUCUCUUCUGUACAUCUUCUAUACCAUGGAGCUGAAAUCUCUGCAGGGGGCUGAGGACCAGAUGAGGCUGGCUGUAGGAAGUCUGCAAGAAAAGCUCAGGGGAUAUCCUCUGGCUCAGCCCCACAAUCCACAAAGGAGGCCCCCAGAAGGCCAGGAGCCCAGUGCCUUUGACCCAGAGGAGUAAUACAGGAGCCAAGUGGGUCAAAGUGUGCUAAUGUAAUGACUCUUUUGAAGUGAGCUUUAAGAUGAAUGUUUGAGGGAGCCGUUUACCCUCUAAAUGUGUUUUUUGCUCUUGAGAUUCAUAUUUGUGGUGCAGGAUGAGGAAGUUUCUGAAAGACAAUUUUGAAAGUAGUGCAGGGCACAUGCUUUGACAUUUUUAUACUUUUUAUAUACUCGUCUUUAGCCUACUUCCCCUCUUAGAUUUCCCUUUAUGCACCUCAAAAAAUGUGCUUCCUAUCACAUGGUAUAAUUUGUGCCACUGUGCUUCUUUAGGGUCAGAAAUGUGAUGAUUGUGUUUUUAAACCUCAAGUCAAAUUUGCAUUCCAUCCUCCAGUAGUUUCAAAGGGACCAGUUGUCUCUGUUUGAUUCCAGUGUUCCCUUUUGUGUUUGUAUAGUCCAUCCAAAAAUUCAAAAUGGUUAAAGAUUGUUUCCUGAUUACCUACAGAAAGUAGUCUUGUUCCUCUGCUGCAGGUAAGAUAAGGACUCUCUGAUGGCUGUAGUUUAGAUUUUGGCCAGUUACAUUUUCGUUUUUGUACAGGACUGAUCUGAGAGCUUCCAGUUUCACCUACAUGCACAAGUUUACAGUGUAGUUUACUGUAGGAAAAGAGACAAACUCACUCUUCAUACUCCAGUCAUCAUGUCUGCUGUCUUGUACUUGAACGUAUCUUUAUGUUUGGGACAAUCCACACUCCUUUUUUGAAAGUACACCAGUGAGAAUGCACUCAAGUCUUAUAAACUCUUUAACUUUUGACCUUUUAUUGUGUUAUACAACACAUCAAGUACUGUAGGUAAGUUUAGAAUUGCUUAUUAUGUCUUCAGUGUGCAGUGCACUCACUUGACUAACUAGAUAAACCACCUCCUUUUUGUGUGCUUAAAAUCACCUAAUGUUCUGUAACACUUUGAAAAAGAUAUGACUUAUUAGAAGAAGAGAAAAGAUUGAUGAUUUUGAAAUUAAAUUAUUACCUUUCAGUCAUAAUGUUCAUUUCAGAUGUAAAUUGUGAUGAGAACUAUUAUGAAAGCAAUAAUAAAGAAUAUAUUCUCAUCCCUUUGGCUGCUGUGGUGACCAGUCUGGGGCUGAAAUAUGACUGUUUCAACUGCAGAGUAAAAUAUGUGGUGGUGGUGGUGGUGACACUGCAGAUCCUUAUAUUCACCACUAGGGAGCAAUAUUAGUGCAAAGGAUGGGUUUUUAAAAAACAGCUCUUAUUCCAAGUGAAACACCAAAUUGGCACAUAGUGAGCAAUGCAAAAGACACAAGGUAACAGAGCGUGAGAUCUGAAGUGCCAGAUUUGCCAGAUCCCAUGUACAAGCACGCACAUCUAUGCCCAAGGGCAUGAGCACCCAAGGGUGUGGUGUGUUUUAUGUUUCAUUUGUUUUCCAGUGAGAGUUUCAUCGAGAUAUUCUCACCAGGAAAGAGAUAACCACCACUUUGAGCGCGUUACUCAGAGAUUUUUGCAGUUUUGCCAAAAACAAUAAAGAUAAUGAGGGUAAAGGCAUUUCAGACUGCACAAAACAAUCUUGAUAUGUUCUUAAUACUGGCGCUGAAGUGGCACAAAACAACUAACGUUUGUCAGCUUUUAGCUGACUUUGCAGCUUUUACUCUAUUGCAAAAAGACACAUCAGUCACUGAAUAGUCACAAAUUGAUAUUUUUAUAAGAAAAUUGAUGAUUUUUGUCUGAAGGCUUUGUUUGACAGCAACUUCAAAUAUGCUCUACACAUUACUUGUUCAGCUAUAACCUGCCUUCGUUAAGAUAACAAUAGGUACAUUUUAAAAAAUCUGACAUUAAAAAAGCUGUCAUGGAGGGUGGAUUAAAUUUUAUUAAUCAAUUUAAUGAUAGCAUGAUUAUAAUCCUUAAUAACUACUGUGGGGUACUCAUGUUUGCCUUCCUUCUUAUUUGUCAUAAUCCAGUCAGCUGUGUGUUGGGUGUGCAAAGUUUAUAUGUUUGAUUAGUUUCGGCUGAAGUGAACAUUGACAAAAACAUAGUCAAAAAAAACAUACCCAUGAGUUGAAUUUAAAAUAAAACCAGAGUUAUUAAGUGAGAUCUGUGCCUAAAUGUAAGUAGAUUUCCAAAUAUGUACAUUCAUGCCUGAUGCUUGGUGCAAAGUCGCAAGCUCUAACCACCUCCAGGGAGCGUGGAGUGCAUCGUCACUGUUAUUUUAGGGGUCACAGGCUGAAAAGUGCAGGAACCCUUGCCCUAAGCCAAGCUUUUUUUCCAACCUAAAGGUGUGGACAUUGCUAUUUUUCAGCAGAUUUUUUGUCAUGACCCUGGUAAUAUGUAAGGACAUCCAGAGCACUACUGGGGUCUUGUCAGUCCUCCUUAUCACAUCUACACCUUACCUUAGCCUCAAUUUUUGGCCCAAACAUUCCUGAAAGUUCUGCACAGUACUGUACAUUAGUGGCUAAAAUACUUUCAUGCUUAAAUUUAAAUACCAUACAGUGUGGGCUUUGGCUCAGGCUGUACAGUAGCAUGCAGUGCAAAGUGCUCUAAGUGGACAGAAGACUAAAAAAUCAGAAGUUAUGAGCUCGUGGAGCUUCCUUUUCAACAGAAGGAAAGAAUCUAAAAUCCAUGUGGAAAUGGCUUGAUAUUAACAUAAGCACAUUGCUUUUAAAAAUUUGAAAGCACUUUUGUGUGCCUUCAUUAUUCCAGUUCAAGCAGCAGCAUUUUAUUUGCAUUCUUACAACUACGCGUGUACUUGCUAGUGCACAAGUCAAGAGACUUAUUGGUUAAACUGUACUACUCUCAUCUCACAGCUGCCAUCACUAUAUGCUUACAAGUUAGUUAUUUUGUACUUGUGUUAGUGCUGGGAAAUUAACUGAAUUUCAGUUUCAUGAAAACAAAAGAUCCAGUGUUUUUCUAUAUCAUCAUAAUCAUAUAUUUAUGUUUUUUCCACUUAUUUAUUUUCAUGUAUUACUUGUUUUAAAUAUGUUACAAGUGUUAAAGUUCAAUAAUGCAUUGUGUUUAAUUACUGGGAUCUUAGUAUUAAAUAAUGUUUUGAUUUUUUUUUUUUGUCAUAUUUUAGCAGCCUUAACUAAUGUACUUCGGCUUUUAACAAAAUGAAAUAUCUAUGUAAAAUAAAAUGGCAUCAGUUUUUUUUACUCUUUAAGCCAUGUCAUGCUUCAAAUUGAGCUGUCAGCAGUUUAACCUACUUUAAACAUACUGUUUUGAAAAUAUCAGUUAAAUGUUCUUCAGAUCUUAAAAUUGCUAGAUUAAUCAACAUUGAUCUCUUAUUUCUAUCAAGAAUUGUUUAAGUUUAUAAUUGCAGUUAAAAUAUCCUUACAUUUUUUUCUUUUCUCUUUAUGUUUGUUACUAGAGGACUGAAUAUAUCUGACAUCUGAAUGUAGCUUUACCUGAACCAGAGAAACACGACUUAACAACUACACAUAAGUAAUAAAGAUGUCACAUCAUAUUUCAUGUCAUACAUGGUGAUAAAUUGCUCAUAGGAUCCAUUUUAUGACUAUGUUUACAUUUAAUACUGUUGUAAAUCAAACUAACUGUACAGGCCAAACUUUACUCAAGGAAGAUUUUGUAAUAAGGAUGCUUUACAUUGGAAUGGAUGAUACUUUUACAUAGGAGGUGUAAAUGUAGCAAUUUUGUCAUUUACCUCACUUUAUACUCUGAUCGGUGGUACUCAAUGAGUGGCUCUUUUGUGACAACCUGUGGCUCUUUUAAGUUUUACUUGGAAGAUUAUACCCCCAGAAAACCUUAAAAAAGGUCCAUUUUGACAUCAGAAAUUGUCAAUUGCAAGUCACAUCAAUCGUUUCAGACA